AUGGGGGAUGAAAAGCACCCGGUGGAAAAUCUUCUGUGCGGUGAGGUACAGAACAAGAAGUGGCUGUGUUCACAAAGUGACCGUAAAGGACAUAUUGAGGCUACAAUUCAGUUAGAACAGUUGACACAGAUUACACACAUUGACAUUGGUAGUUAUGGCUGCUUCACUGUGUCAGUUCAGGUCGGUCUCUCCACUUGGCCUCAAGACCGACCAUAUCAGACCCUGAUCCCAGCCUUCAUCUUCAUGUCUUUGGCAGACUCAAAACUGGGCAAGAAUAAGGUUAAGGCACAGAUGUUCAAUAAAGACGAACAUUUUGACAAGGAUGUGUCUUGUCAAAAGUGGGACAGGGUCAAAAUUUUGUGUAGUCAACCAUUUAAGAAGGAAUCUCAGUUUGGACUGAUGUUUCUCAGAAUUCUUGCAGCCAGCAGUGAACAAACUAAUGAGAACAAAGAGCCUUUGUCUCCACCUUGUAAUAAAUCACAGGGAAGAAAUUUAUCCUUCAGAACACCACAGGAUCAUAAAACAAGCCAAAACUCCUCCCCUGCUUGGAAGUCUGCCAGUCAGAUAAAGAAACAUUUCUUUGGGGACAAAAAGGCCAAGGAUGAGAAGGAAGAGCACCUGAAGAAUAGGCUAGUUACUAUAGCCAGCACAUCAUCUAAUGGUCCAAGUCCCAGGGAUGCUUUGCCUAGAACAGCACAGCUGGUGCUCAAGGCUUCAACAAAUUUGCCUCACUAUUCUGUGAAAAGAUCAACUUUGAUGAAAAAUAACAGUAGUGAGGAGCCAGUGCUGAAGAAAUCCAGGCUAACAUUUGUAGAUGAGGUGAAGACAUUUUUGAGGGAAGUCAAUUUUGAUGUAAUUGAUAUGGACACACUUACAUUUGCAGAUUUAAGACAUCAGAUGGAGAAACUUAAAUGCAGGAAAUUAUGUAAAGAGGAAAAGAGACUGUUUCUUGAUAUGGCUCAGGCUUUUAUUACUGAAAUGGAUUGUGAUGAGAAAGACAAAAAGUCUCAAGAAACCUCUCACUCACCACACUGCAGUAGAAGUGAGAAUGUUGAGGGUGAAACGAGAAAUCCAACCACGGAUCAUGAAGGACAUAUAGUUAACCAUAAACCAGACAUGUCCAGUUUAAGUUAUCCAUCCAGUGCCAGUGAGAGAAAUGUGACAGUACCGCAGAGUACAAAAGGAAAAGGGUCUAAGAGACUGGUUUAUGACAGAAAACACAGUGUGCAAACUGUACCAGAUGGAACACGGGUAGAUUUAAAAUCUACAAAUACUUAUUCUGCUAGUGAUAAUAUUCAAGACACUACAGAGUGUCCAAUAUGUGGAGAUACUUUUAGUCGAGAUGAAAUUGAACAUCAUGCAGCCAUGUGCGGCGAGGUGUCCAGCUUCCCCUCUUCUCCGUCACAAUCUCCUCCUUGGAUGGAAUACUCCCAGUCGUCACAGUCACAAUCAUCACUAGCUCAACAAACACAAUCUUCGCCCUUUUCAUCAAAUGGAAAUGUGGAGAAAGUGUCGUGCCCUAUCUGUGGAGCGGGGUUCUCAGUGCUGGAAAUUGAAGAACAUGCAGACAGUUGUGUUCAAAUGCAAACUCAGGGAUUUUCUGUGGUGUAUUAAAACAUUCACGAUAACUAUAUUAAUGUUACAGUAUAAAGCUAUUGUAUAACGUUACAGCAUUAUAAAAACGAUUGUGUCUUGUUCAACAGUACGGACUCUUGGAAGCAGAGUGGUAGUGUGUUUCCAUGUUGAUUAACUGUGGGCAUUGAGAUUUCUGAAGUAAUGUAAGCCUUUUAUAAUAAUAAUAAGCGUGAUGAAAUUACUGCAUUUCGUUUUGAGGGUUUUAUUGAUGAAAUGUACAACAAUUGAAGGAAUAUGUCUCUGUCUCAAAUUUUUUAACAACAAAAGGAGCCCCCAGUCUUUGCAAACUUUUCCCCCGAGUUGUCUGAAUUUAAUGUUAUUUUUGCAGUGUUUUAUUGAACCGACUGCCUCUUGUUCUUGAGUAGCAUUCAACUUGAUGGGCGGAAAAUCACUGUCAAGAAUACCUUGGUCUUGGUGGUCAUGUAUUCGUUAUUUCAUUUAUUUUUUGUCUGUGUGUGCUCACGCAAUGACUGUUUACAAAAGAGAAUUUUCUUCAUUAGGAAAUUGCUUUGUGGCUUGCUCCGCCACAUUGUUAACAUGUAGCGAUUUUCAGGACCAUGCCUGAUUUUGUGUUGUGUACCCCACUGCUUCAGUAUCAAUAAGCUAGAUAGACUCCUGGGCUUUUAUAAGUUCCUCCAAGGACCCUUUAGAUCAAAAGAUUUAGAUCGAUA